AUGUUUAAUAACUACAACAACAUGCCCAGAAGCAAUCACCAACUAUUUUACACACUCGGACUGAGUAUGCUGCUCGUCUGUGCGUCUGUGCAGGCUCAGGAUGAGUCCUUGGCUGGCAGCUUUCUGUCCGGAUUGCUGGACACCAUAACAAGCACGGCGGAUGCCAAGGAUUGUCCGGGUGUAUGCGUCCACACGCUAGCCACGCUCAUCUGCUACGAGGUGCUCGACGAUGUGCCCUGCCCCUCGCCCAGCAUGAAGUGCUGCAUUGAAAGUGCGCCAGGCAAAAACGCCACUGCCUUGCGCACGCCGCCCGCCACAACGCCCAGGAUAACAACAAGCAGCUCCACAACUGCAAGUAGCACCACACAGCGCAGCACCACAGCAGCUACAACGAGCACCACCAAGCGCACCACAACGACGACCAGCACAACGCCCAAACCCAAGCCAAAGCCGCAGCCCAAGCGUCCGGCAAGCACCACAGCUGCCACUACUACAACCACAAGCAAGAAGCCCAGCACCACCAAAAAAUCCAGCACAGGCAAGCCCAAGGAUAAGGAGGAAGCCAAUAAAGCGACUGAUGAAAAUAAAAACUGCACUGGCGUCUGUGUGGCGGAUCGCAUAGCCGAGUACUGUGAGGCUUACUUAACCAGUAGUGGACUCUGCAAGGAGGGCACCAAAUGCUGCGUCUCCCUGGACGAAUAUGCCAAUACUAAGCUGCCCAAGGAUAUUUAUAUACCUGCAAAGCACAUGGGCAAUCUGAAGAGCAAUCAAACUACAGUCAAGUCUACGGUUAACAAAUCCAGCAGCAGCUCAACUACAACAAGUACAACCAGCACUACGGCGGAGCCAGCGCGCACCAAGACGAACAACAACAGCGCCCAAAACAAACCCAACAAGCAUAAGAAGCCUGCAUCAACAACGACCACUGAGGCUGCCGCUGAGGAAGAUGAGGAUGAGGAGGAGGAUGAAAAUGAAGAGCAGUCUGCCAAUAACAAACUCAAGACGGAAGCUGGUCAGGGCCAAGUGCUGAAGGAGUGCGAAGGCGAAUGCAUGAACGGCAUCUUUGCUAUUUUCUGCGAUGACAUCGAUUCGGAAGCCUUUUGUCCUGGCGAAGGCAGCUGCUGUGUAACCGGCAGCGCCUCAGAGUCAGCCACGCCUGCCAAGACACCGCCGUCCAGCAAGCCCGCAACCAAAAUUGCCAGCAAACCUGCAACAAAGCCAGCGCGUCCAGCUUCACCACCACCAGCCCCAGCACCACCUGCUGCAUCUGGCGGCGGCGGCGGCGGUGGAGAUUUCCUUUCACAGAUUAUUAGCUUUGCCGAGAGCACAUUGAACUCGCCCAGUUCUGGACCAGCGCCACCGCAGUCGCCACCGCCCAUACAGCGUUGUCCAGGCUUCUGUCUGCUCAACAUAAUGGCCGCCUUCUGUGAGCGUCCCUCUGUGCUGGUCUCCACGCCUACAACUUGCUCCAAGGGCUCUGUGUGCUGUGACAAUUCACGUGCCGGCGCUCCCAAGCCCAAAUUGCCACCACCUACGCCUCCACCAACACACGCGCCUACAGCACCACCUUAUGUUAUACCCAAUCCCAGUCCAGAUCCACGCGAGGAAUGUCCCGGCUCCUGCAUUGUCAGCCUGCUCAGCUUCACUUGCUUCAAAAAUGCCGAAAUGACGGAUCUGUUUAAGUGCAAGCGCUCUGGACAAAUCUGCUGCGCACCCAAGAGCAAAAUACUGGAGAAGCAACAGUUCCAAACACGCAACGACACCGCUUACUUCAACUAUCCGCCCAUGGGACCACCACCUGCAUAUGCGCAGCAGCCACCACAGCAGGCGCCACCACCGCCUUAUCCACCCACCAGCUACAUGUCCAAUCAGCCGCCUGCAGCGCCUCCUGCGCAUCAUGCGCUGGCACAUCCCUAUCAGCCUGGCUUGCCUCCACCGCCGCCCAACUAUGCAGACUACUAUGGACCUGGACCUGCGCCGCAGCCUGCGCUGCCGCCAGCCACAGCGCCGCCGCCAAGCACCACAAGCAGCACCACCACAACGCCACGUCCACAUGUGUACUCCAAGUAUGUAUGCGGCGUCAAGGGCACACUACGCACUGGACGCAGUUCGCCAGCGCUUUCCUUUGUUGCCUACGCGCGCGCUAAGUACGGCGUACAGCGCUCGGCACGUCAACUGGUCACUCCCAGCGCUAGCAAUAACUUCAACAAGUCCAACGAACGUCUGGUGCUCGGCUCCGCCAUUGUGCCCAUACAAAUACAUAACGAUAAGCUGGGCGAUCUACUGGAGCCCGCUGCAGUGCAAAGCAAUCAGCUGCGCUCGUAUAAUGAGCAGGCCGAGCCCACUGCUGUCGUCUAUCCGGACUACUAUCAGCGCAAUCUGGCGCAGCUGCAGUCGAACUAUAGCAGACGCCGUGCGCGUGUGGUGGGUGGUGAGGAUGGCGAGAAUGGCGAGUGGUGCUGGCAAGUGGCGCUCAUCAACUCAUUGAAUCAAUAUCUGUGUGGUGCGGCGCUCAUAGGCACGCAAUGGGUGCUAACGGCGGCUCACUGCGUCACCAACAUUGUGCGCUCUGGUGAUGCCAUCUAUGUGCGCGUAGGUGACUACGAUUUGACUCGUAAGUACGGCAGUCCAGGUGCACAGACGCUACGCGUGGCCACCACCUACAUACACCACAAUCACAACAGUCAAACGCUGGACAACGACAUUGCGCUGCUGAAGCUGCAUGGACAGGCAGAGCUGCGUGAUGGCGUCUGUCUGGUGUGUCUGCCAGCGCGUGGCGUCAGCCAUACGGCGGGCAAGCGCUGCACGGUUACAGGCUACGGCUACAUGGGUGAAGCUGGUCCCAUACCGCUGCGCGUGCGUGAGGCAGAGAUUCCCAUAGUCAGCGAUACGGAAUGCAUACGCAAGGUGAACGCAGUGACGGAGAAGAUCUUCAUACUGCCCGCUUCGAGCUUCUGCGCUGGCGGCGAGGAGGGUCACGAUGCCUGUCAGGGCGAUGGCGGCGGUCCGCUGGUGUGCCAGGACGAUGGCUUCUUUGAGCUGGCCGGUCUGGUGUCGUGGGGCUUUGGCUGCGGUCGCCAGGAUGUGCCUGGCGUCUAUGUGAAGGUCUCCUCGUUCAUUGGCUGGAUCAAUCAGAUCAUUAGCGUGAACAACUUAUAG